GUGGUGAGGCUCGGUAGGGGUUGUUAUGGCCUGGUUGCCGCUCACCCCGCUUCUCCCGCAGGAGCCUGGCCUAAUCCUGCACCUGGGGGCUGCGGCCCCGGCUGCUUUGUAACUCCAGGCUUUGCUAGCGUGGUGGGGCACAGUCGCACCUGAGUUUUUGAAUGUUCUGUACCGAGAAAUUGUAGUUUCUCUGCAAUUUAAAAAAACAAAAGCAAGCCUGAGUGGGAACAAAAGCCUCCUCAACAACAGUGUUUUUUCAUGGUGUACUCUGCCUUCCUCUGUGCGCAGUUCGUGUCUGCGCUGCUUUCCUUGAACUACAGAAAUGCCUUCUUAAUUAAAUGAGGAGGAGCAGGAUGGAUGUUCUGCGGCCCACCCUGAUAAAGAUUGGGGGGCGAGUAUACAGGAAGAAUCUCAUCCAAGAGCAGGCCUACCAGCAGGAGGAGGAGGAGGAUUUCUGUGCAGGCCCCGGUGACUGCACAGAUGAACCCUGUGAUGCCUUUGUGGUGGAAGAGACUGAGAAAGGCUUCCAGUGCAGAGCAGAGAUUCCCAGCCCCUUAUACAAGUACAUCAUUGGGAAGAAAGGGGAAACCAAGAAGAGACUAGAAACAGAGACUCGAACCUCCAUCAGCAUUCCCAAGCCUGGAGUGGAAGGAGAAAUUGGUGUCAGCAGUCUCACUGUAGCUUCAUGGCAUACCAGACAGGUAUUGCUUUGUUUCCUUGUAGUGAUUACAGGGCAGCAUCGCAGCGGUGUCAUCUCCGCCCGAACGCGGAUCGACGUUCUCCUGGACAGCUUCCGUAAGAAGCAGCCCUUCACACACUUCCUGUCCUUUGCUCUCAACCAGCCCGCCAUCCAGGAGAAGUUCCUGCAGUUCAAGGAGGAAGUGUUGGAGAAAUGCUCAAAGGAUCACGGGGUCAGCAGCAGCCUGUUCCAGAACCCUGCAAAGCUUCACCUGACUCUUGGGACGCUGGUACUUCUGAACGAGCAAGAGAUCCGGAAAGCGUGUGACCUCUUACAGCGAUGCAAAGAGGACUUUGUGGACCAAAUAGCUGGAGGCAAGCCCCUGACCGUGGAGGUGGCAGGAGUGGAGUAUAUGAACGAUGACCCUGCCACAAUGGACGUCCUUUAUGCCAAAGUCCACAUGAAGGAUGGCUCAGACAAGUUGCAGGUGAUCGCCGAUCAGCUGGUGGAAAGGUUCGUGGCCUCCGGCCUGAUGCUUAAAGAAUGGGAUAGAGUGAAACUGCAUGCUACAGUCAUGAACACUCUCUUCAGGAAAGAUCCAAGCGCUGAAGAGCAAAACAACGCAAUGACUGGUAAAUCAUCUUUCAAGGAACGGGAGUCGUUUAAUGGCCGAAAUAUCCUCAAGCUCUUCGAGAACUUCUACUUCGGAGAGGUGCAGCUGGACUCGGUGCGUCUUUCCCAGAGGUUCUCCUCGGAUGCCACUGGCUACUACGCGACAUCUGGGCAGCUGACCUUCUCCUGAAGCGGCAACAACGGGGUCCGCUCAUCGGUGAAAUGUGUUUUUAUAGGACACAGGUUUUGAGCAGGAACCUGGGAACUCCAGGCAGGGAUGCCUCGUGACUCCUCGAUGGCACGCUGCAGCUGGGAACCAUGGUGUUUCCCUUCUGCCUCCUUUCCCCAUUGGUAACCAAAACAUCACGCAGUUGCCUGUUUGAUGUCUGUUGCUUGUUUGUUUUCUGAGAAAACAUGUAGAAAAACUGGUGCAGGUGACUUUCUGGGGCAUCACCGAUGUUUAAGCGUGGCUUUAUUUCACAAGGAGGAAGUUUGUUCUUAAAAUAAGUAUUUAAAAUCCAAGAGAGCUCCCCGGAGCACAAUUUAAUGAUAUUGAGGUCAGGCAGUGCUUGGAUCUCCAGCAGCGUGCCUGUGUGAUGUAGAUCUCCAAAUAAAUUAAUUCCCUUCAAAAGCAAA